AUGCAUGAACCCGGUUCAGCAAACGUACUAAAUCAGGAUCCCCCAGCCUAUGGAUCGGAUAGUAGAAGCCCUGAUGAUUCUCAAAAUGUGCAAUCAAAAGUUAUUACUACGUCGGUGGCUCAUAAGGCUGGGCUAGCCGCUUGGCUUGCAUGCCUUGGUCUAACCUUAAUAGGAUGUUGGCCUUGUUAUUUAAUUCCUUUCUACUUGGAUGUAGUAUUAGAUGUUAUUCACAGCUGCCCUGCAUGUGGGGUAGUUAUUGGCACUUAUCCUCGAUUGUAA